UCAGGGGCCUAAUGCUCGUACUCGAUAUCGAGUUGUUUCGAUAGAUAAUUUGAAUUUUUGGAUUACCGUAUCCGUGAUCGAAUAAAAUUUAUCGAUAUGUCGAAUAAAACUAUUCGAGUUUUUGCCCGCCACAUUCUACCUGCCGAGACCAAAACAAAACAGAAGAAAAACGAAAUGAGCACGAAUUGUAACAAAAUAAAUUUUAAGCAAAAGGCAAUUAUGGCAGAUUUUAUGUCUGACCACCCGGGACUUGCCAAAGGAAAAAUUUCGAAUUGUCCAGAAGGUAGAGCGUCAUCCAAUCGUUUGUGGGAGCAGUUAACAACCAAAUUUAAUGGAGCAGGACCACCCGUAAAGAAUGUCACCUUGUGGCGAAAGGUAUAUAUUGAAAAGUGGUAUGAAAAAUUAUGUUUCACAGUUUUCCUUUCCAAGGUUUAUGCAGACCAAAAACAAAAAGUUAAGAAGAAAUUAUCUUUUAACAAGGCAUCAAAGAAUCAGACAGGUGGAGGCCCAUAUGAAGAAAAACUCCUCACCCAAUCAGAAGAGCUGAUACUGGAAGCAGCAGGAUUAUCAGCGGCUGUAGAGGGGCUUUCUUCAGUCCAAAGUUUUGGUGCAAAAAAAAGGAGUGGAAGUGGAUAGGAAGGAAAACGACGAGGAAGAACUGAUGGAUGUAGAAAAUGAUAUGGACUGCAGCAUUGGUUCCACUGUGCCUUCAUCUACUCAACGUCGUACCAAAUCAGCCUCCAAGAUGGAUCUUUUGAAAGAGAAUAUAGAAAAACACGAUGAAGGGAUGCGCGAAAGGAAGUUGUUUUGGGAUA